AUGUCGCUCCCAUCGAGCACUCCCAAGUUUCGAGUAGCAAUCUGUGGUGCAGGCAUAGGAGGGCUUGUCCUCGCUGUCACAAUUGGGAAGUUUGCAGGUCGCGAUAUCCACAUAGAUUUAUACGAAGCCCAUGACGGCAUCACGACCGCUGGGGCUGGGAUUUCAGUUAUGGGACGCACGAUGCAGAUCAUGGAAGAACUCGGCUUGUAUGAAGAAAUCUCCCGUGUUUCGACAGAGCUCCCUUCCUCUAGUCAUGGAUCAAAGUUGAGGAAGUCUGAUGUUCCAGAGGGUGGUUUUGAGUGGUUCCAAAAAUCAUAUGGACCAUCCAAUAUGCACCGCCAGCAUCUGGUCGACAUUCUCAAGCAACACCUCCCGUCUGAAUGCACUGUCCACCUCGAUAAACGACUCACUAGAUAUGUCAAGCAGUCACCGGGAUCACUCAUCCUCCACUUCGCUGAUGGUAGCACCGCAACUACGGACGUGUUAGUAGGAGCAGAUGGCAUCCGUUCCUCAGUGCGGAAGACAUUAUUCGAAACAAUAGACGCAGGGAUCAUAGACCGAAGUAGGAUAAGACACUACAUUGAUCCAUCUUGGACCGGAACGCUUGUCUAUCGAACCGUCUUUCCGGCGGAGAAGCUCUUCAGAUUGGACCCGAAUAACGUAGCUCUGAAGAAUUUCAUGAUUUUCUGCGGGAAGGGAAAGCAUAUCGUCUCGUAUCCAGUUUCACAAGGAACACAGAUCAAUGUUGCGGCAUUUGUUGCUGAUGAUCAGAAAGCCGGGACACAUUUCGAGGGUCGUUGGGUUUCAGAUGUGUCCCUCGAAGAGGUUGAAAAAGCAUACGAGGAUUUCGAACCUGGUGCCAAGAGCCUUCUGAAAUGUUCCGAGAACCCCUCAAGAUGGGCACUUCAUGUAGUAAAUGAAUUGCCGCUAUCCACUUGCGACAGAGUUGCCCUGAUAGGUGAUGCGUCUCAUGCCAUGACGCCGCACUUUGGUGCUGGAGCUGGUCAGGCAAUGGAGGAUGCUUUUGUGCUCGGCCGCCUUCUUGCAUACCCACUCACAACAUUGGGUAACUUGCCCGCUGCACUGAAAGCAUACCAGGACGUUCGCCUUCCAUUCACUCAAUUUGUAGCACGUGAAUCGGAACGUACAGGAUCUAUGUUCGAAUUUUGCUUGCCUGGGUAUUAUGAGGGGACAGACCGAUCCAAUGAACGAGAGGAGAUGGAGAUCUUAAAAGAGAAGCUCACAGACCAGUGGGGUUGGGAACGUGAGGGUGGUGCCGUUACCGAAUGGUUACAGGCAGAGAGGCAGCUGCAGGCAAACGUAGUCGACACCUACACGAUGAACGUGCAUGCGUACGCCUCCACAAUGAAUGUUUUGAAGAAGACAUUUAUGCUUGCUUUCUCUGCGAGUUCUUCAGCAGCUCCUUCAUCCAGGGAAGAAAUCCCAUCCCUGUACACACGACCUGAUCACCUCAAAUAUGAUGACCCUGAUGGCAUACACAAUGCGCGCUCUGCAGCGCACAUCGUUCCGUUGAGCACGUAG